GCACAGCAACAAGCGCCACGAUUACGUCGCGUACUGCAGUAAAAGCAACAGAGCUCAGUGUACCCGCGCGCUCGUCUGUGUUUUGGUUCAGUUGCUGACGUUUUCCUCCAUAACAGUCAUCAGUUGCUACCUUAUCGACAUCUCUCCCUCUCUCUCUCUCUCUCUCUCUCUCUCUCUCUCUCUCUCUCUCUCUCUCUCUGUCUGUCUGAGAGUCCUGAAACAAAAUCCUGGGGAGACAAUUUACAGGAUGAGCGGGUUCUUGGAUAUUCCCAAGCGAAGUGUCAGGGCGCAAUGGACUUGUGACCGGAGAGAACAGCGUUCCUGUAGUCAUUACGCGCUGUGCACGUAGUCCCGUCACUGACGAUGAUUAGUAGAUGUAGUUCAGGAAGGAAUAAUUGAUAAACCAUGCACUCGACGUGAACCUUACUCAGCUGUUACAUACCCGCGAUGGAUUUGCUGGAGGAGGACCUGACAUGCCCGAUAUGCUGCUGUCUCUUCGAGGACCCACGUGUGCUGCCGUGUUCACACAGUUUCUGCAGGAAGUGCCUGGAAGGCAUCCUGGAGGAUAACCGAAGCCCAGUGUGGAGACCUCCGUUCAAAUGUCCGACGUGCCGAAAGGAGACCGCGCACAACGGCAUUUCAAGCCUGCAAGUUAACUAUUCCUUGCGCAGCAUCGUGGAGAAGUACAACAAGAUCCGUGCGAGCCCAAGAAUGUCUCAGUGUCGCGCUCACAACGGGCAACCGCUGAACAUCUUCUGUGCCACAGACCUGAAGCUCAUCUGCGGCUUUUGCGCCACUACAGGAGAACACAAAGGGCACAAGUUCUGCGCGUUAGAGGAGGCGUACGAGCGCGAGAAGCUUGCCUUCGAGGAGCUGUUUCGUGCCGUGGAGAGCUGGAAAGGCGCAGAGGUGCUCUCCUGCCUGGAAGCGCUCGAGGGGGCGAAGAAAAAAGCGCUGCAGAUGGCCUCGCGAGACUUGGAUCGGGUCUCUGAGUACUUCGACAAGCUGCUCCGCGCGCUCGAGCACAAGCGCAGUGAGAUCCUCUCGGACUUUGAAACCCUAAAGCUCGCGGUCAUGCAAACCUUCGACCCGGAGAUCAACCAGCUCCGCUCGGCGCUCGAGGAACAGCAGCGCGCAUUGCGCCUCGCCGAGUCGGUUCGCUCGCUCUCCGACCCGCUCACCUUCUUGCAGUGCAUGCAGGACUUCCGCGAGAAAGUGCGCGCCAUUCGCGAGACGCCGCUUCCCACGCGCACGGACGUGGACGUUGGCGCGCUAGUGCCAAGCUUCGACGUGCACGAGUGGGACCGUGUGCGUCUGGGAGACGUGGACGCGCUGCGCGCUCCGCACGAGGGCAGCGCACUCCGGUCGCCGGCGGCUCGAAUUGGCCCCUCACGUCUUUCCCGGAGCCUGUGGAGUUUCGCCUUGCUGGUAUGCGCGUGCCUGUGUGUACCGAACUUUCUCCCCUCAGACUGUUUUGCCGCGAGUCUCACAGCUAAAGCGGUGUCCGCGCUUGCUGGCGUCUCCGUGCCCGCUCCUGCAGAAAUGCUGCGGUGGCUCACACUUUGCUGGCAGGAGGUGGCGGGAGUGUGCGCGCUCCUAACCGAGUUCUGCAAGAACUGCAUUACUGAGCUCAUCGACACCACGUCAGAGUUUAUCAGCUGAUUUUCACCCGGUGGACUUUUCUCAUUUGUCGUCUGAGGCGCACAUCUUUACAACUUAUUACCACAUAAUGUAAUUUAAAUACAAGCCUAUAAUUUUCAGCUGCGUUUUUGUGUGCAUUACUGAAUUUGUAAUUGCGGUGGUUGUUUUUUUGUUGUUGUUGUGUUUGUUUGUUUGUUUUAAACCGCCAUAUACACAGUCAGCUUGUGUUCUAAUUAAAGUGGACCGUUUGGAAAGAAAUACUAGCUAUUUCAGUUAACUGAGACAUGAUUAUGGGUGGUAGUUUUAGAUUCUAUUAAGGCUCAAACUAAGAUACUGGUUAACAAAUCACUUGCUUGGUUAGAAUUAAGUAGCGCAAUGUGUUUCCAAACCUAUUUCAAUGAAUUAAAACCAGACGUUUCUCUCAAUGAAAGUCACUGGGUUGUAACACGGGGAUCCCCCACAGCCUCCUCCCCACCACACACCGCUCCAGCAGCAUUCCGUCUAGCCCAUAUUAUUUUUAUUUUAUUUAUUUAUUAGUGUUGUAUUUUAUAUACAUGUAAAUUAAAAGAAGGAAACUCAAAGUUAAAUGUUUCGCAUGUAGGCCUUUAUAAGUGCAUUGUAACUAUAGACAGAUGAAGGACACAUCAUAUUUAAUUUAUUUUUCGAUUAAAAAAAAAAAAAACCUGCCUAAAUAGGAUGUACUGCUGUGGUGAGUCGAGAAAAACAUUAAAGCCGAAUUUGGUAUACUUUAUAUACUUUAUCACUUGUGUAAAAACCAAUUGCUUAAUUUCCUGUAGGUUUGGCUGCCGAUUAUAACACACGUUUACAAAACGACCACGUUGAUGCAUGUAAUCGUAAGAAUUAAAAUGUUUUUUGUCGUUGUUGUAGUUUUUUUUUUUUUGUUUGUUUGUUUACUUUGAGGUAUGGCUUUGUGGUCCAUUAAGCAUAUAUUUGGGGUUGACCCCAUACAUCCGUUGGCACUUUAAAUAAACGGUUAUGUAUAUGCCUACAACAAAAUA